UGAGAAUCAAUAGGACGAUCACCUUCAUUGAUUGGAUGAUGUGAUUUUGUAAAAUAAUUUCCCAAAUGGUUUUUCCCGUGAAAAUUCAUGCGCUUUUAUGUAUUGGCGGGAUACAUAUGUAUGUAUAUAGUGCUGCUAGUGUAUGGUGUUGGGAAUUUUUUUUCGUGUGUGUGAUAAUUUUUGGUUGACUAAGAGAGUUUGCACCAUGAAAAAAAAAUGUGAAUAAAAAAAAACGAUUCACAUAAAUUAUGAAUGAGUGGUGGAGGGAAAAUUGUAUCUCUCUGUGAAAAUUGCAAUGAACUGUGUGCGAGAUGGGAUGAGGAGAGACUACGGCGGGUAUUUAUCUCACUCUAGCACUUUUCUCACUAGGAAAAAUGCUACUGGUCUCUGUUGGAGUAUCUCUACUAUGUAUAAUGGGGAAAAUGCGGUAUAUAGUGUGUGUGAGAGGGAUAAAAGAUUUUCGGGAAUUGGUUACAUAUUGGAAAUUUAUCGUGCAAGAGAGGAAAUUUUCACCAUUGAGAGAGAAAAUAUUUUCCACAUCCAGCAGUUGCUUUGUCGUCUUCCUGGGGGGAGGGUGUAACAAGGAAAAAAUAUAGCUCAAGAAAGUGUGUGGAUUUUAUUCCUGAUUUUUAGUCCUAUACCAGAAAGUUUAGGCUCUAGUGGUUGGUUGGUGGAGAGAGAAAAAAAUGUAGAAGAAGAAGGCAUCCAAAAGGGUGGUUCCAUAUCAUUCUCCCACAUACUCUUGAAGGGAAAAGAUUUCCGCGAGUGAUUUUUUUCUCGUAUUGAAUAUGAGAUUUUUCCUCGUGUAAAUUGAAUGAAAAAAAAAUGUAAAAAGUGAUCCAUUUGAGAGAUUAAAUUUGAUAAUUAACUGAAAGUGCAAUUGUGCAAUUUUAUAGUCUAUCGCGGCUUUUUUUUCAAUGGCAAUAAAGCUUCCAAAUAUUGAACAAAAAAAGCACAGACGGAUUAAAUUGAAAUAAAUAUAAAUGAACAAUUAAAUCACGACAGAAGUGAAGAGAUAUUUUCAAUCUGUUUACAAUUGAUGACUAAAUAUAGAGUUGGUGAAGAAGUUGUUGUUGUAAAAAAAAAUGAUGAAAAUCUAUUUCAACUCUCCGUUCUGUGGUAAAAAUUAAAUAAAUAAAAACAGACUACAUGAGUAUAUGGCAACAGAAAUUUCUCAAAAGACCAUCAGACGACGUUGAAGCUGGUCCGGAUAAUUUUGAACCACCGGUUAAGCUUCAGCAUAACGGCUCAGAGAAUCUCACAAAGUUCUCGGUGGAGAUUGUCCAACAACUAGAAUUCACCACGUCCGCGGCAAAUUCGCAGCCACAGCAGAUCAGCACGAACGUGACAGUCAAGGCGCUGACGAAUACAUCCGUCAAGAGCGAUGGUGGUCUGUCGACGGGUGGAAGUGCCGGUGGUGGGUCUGCCAAUGGUACGGCACAGCAGCCACAGCAGGCGGCACAGACAAAUGGCUCCACAAAUGGUGGGACGGCACAGAAGAGCCCCGCGGCGCCCCAAAUGCACGAUCUUGGCAAUCUCGUUGAGUGCAAACAGGAGCCAGAUCAUGACUUUGCCGAUUUGGAACAGUGCGCGGCUGCCCUGGAGAAGGAUGCAGCUGCAAAUGGGCACUUCCCGGGUUUGUCGGAUCUCAUUGGGGAUGACACAAAUGACGAAAGUGACACAUUCAAGGAGCUCAUCUCGGAUCUGUCGGACUUCCAUUCGGAGUUGUUGGAUUUCGAGGAGAAGCCCCACGUAGAGAUAAAGACGGAAGAGGGUGCAAUUAAGAGUGAGGCACUCCAGCACAGCCUCAUGGAUGGUGGUAUGAUGAAGGGGAAUGGUGCUGGGAGUCCAAUGUCACAAUUCCCCGGGGCUGCGUUCAGUGAUAACCAAAGUAUGGGCAAGAGGUCAUUCGGUGGUGGUGCCGGUGGCAAUGGGGGCGCCAUGUCGGAGCUGAGUCCUGCGGCGCAAACGCUAAAGCAUAUGGCGGAACAGCAUCAGCACAAGAAUGCCAUGGGUAUGGGCUUUCCACGACCCGGGCAGGGCCAAGGGGCACAAGGUGGUGGUGGUGGGGGUGGCGUUGGUGCCAAUGGGGGUCAACCGAGGCCAAACUACACCGAUGCCUUUGGGCCAUUUGGUGCGGGUGAUUUCAUCGGUGGGCCCCAGGGGAAUUUCCAUAAGAAUGGGCCACCGGGAACCACACCGGGCACCUACCCGAGUCCCGAUAUGGUGAAGCAGGAGAUGAUGUAUGCCCAGAAUGAGUUUGAUCUCAAACGAAUGGCCCAGAUGCCACAACAACCGGGGAAGAUGGGUUCUGGGGGACCUGGGGGUGGGUACAAGCAACCUGGGCAGCAACAGCAGUACUCCCCCUAUGGAUCACCCGGAAGUAUAUCCAAUCACGGAAGUCCCGGUCCGGGAUUCAUGGGUGGACCACGCGGGGGCCCAAAUCAGGGUCCACAGAACACAGGUCCACCGAGGCCACCGUCUGGACCUGGUGGAGCUGGCCCACAGGGACCUCAGGGUACGCUGCAAAUGAAGCAGACACAGCAGUUGCACAUCAGUCAGCAAGGACCAGGUGGUCAUGGUAUUCAGGUAUCUGCUGGUCAACAUCUCCAUUUGUCGGGUGAUCUCAAGAACAGCAAUGUUUCGGUGGCAGCACAGCAAGGUGUCUACUUCAAUCAGCAGGCACAGCAACAACCCACCCAGCCGCCACAGUCACAAGCCCCAGCAUCAUCGGCAUCUGGCCCGGGUGCUCCACAGGCUCCUCAGCAGAAUACUCAAGGUUUAUCCAGUGAUUCAUACACUGUGUCCCAGUCGCAGACUAUCAACUUCACGCAACAGAGCAUGCGGCAGCGGCAGCAGCAGAGUGUUGGUGGGAAUAUGGGUGGUAACGGUGGGGCUGGCGGUGGUAUUCAGACAAUGGCUGGCGGAGCUGGCUCCAUGACAAACCCCAAUAUGCCAGUUCAUGGGAAUGGAUCUCAGGCACAAAUGGUGUCAAUGUCACAGAGUCAGCAUAUGUCGGUGUCGGGAAUGGUGCAAGGGGGUGCACCCGGUGGGACAAUUGGUCAACAACCGGGUGCCAUGGGUCCCACAAAUGGUGCAGGCCAGGUGAGCAAUGCUAUGACAAUGGGACCCAAUAUGAUGAAUCAAGGUGUACCAAAUCAAAUGGGUGGCAUGAGUAUGAGCCCAAUGAAUGUUUCGGGUGCUGCGGGUGGUGCCAUGAGUGGUCCCAAUGGUAUGGUUGGGACUCCAAAUGCAGCAAUGAUGGCCAGCAUGGGUGGUGGACCGAAUGGUGGUCCAAUGGGUGGAAUACGGCAUGAUCCCACCAAGUUUAUGCAGCAACAGCAAAUGAUGCAGCGUGCCCAGGCGAUGCAGCAUAUGCAGGGUGCAAGACCACCACCACCGGAGUACAAAGCAGCUCAGGCUCAAAUGAUUCAAGCACAGAUGAUGCAUCAGGGUACACCAACAGGGAGAUUCCCCAAUUCUGCUGCUGCCAUGAGACGAAUGAGUCAGCAACCUAUUCCGCCAUCAGGUCCAAUGAUGCGACCACAGCAUUCAAUGUACAUGCAACACCCCAAUCAUGGUGGACCACGUACAAUGGGUCCAUACGGUCAACGACCACCAAAUGUGCAAGUAGGUCCCGAAGGGAUGCCAAUGGGAAGUCAACAGGAAUGGCGGCAUAUUUUUAUGUCGCAACAGCAAAAUAUGAAUUUCAAUUCAACCGGGAUGCGUACGAAUUUCAAUCCAAAUCAUCAGGGUUUCAACAUGCAAAAUUCGGGUCCAGGAAAUGGUGGUAAUAGCAACAUGCAAAUGACACCGAUGCAGCAGCAAAUGAUGCGAAAUCAGCAGCAGCAGCAGCAAAAUGGUGGUCAGGGUCAACUUGUUGGUAUGAAUCAGAGCACAAUGCAGCAAAUGCUUGUGCAACAGCAGCAACAGCAGCAGCAGGGCAUGAUGAAUCAGAUGCAAAUGAACACGAUGCAUAUGUCGCAGACGCAAUCAAUGUCGCUGCAGCAACAAUCUGUGAUGAAUAACUUUAGCCAAACGACGCAGCAGGCAAAUGCUGCAAUGAUUUCCAGUGGGCAAACGCAGCAGGCGCAACAGCAGCAAGCCAACACGCAGCAACCGCCACAGACUACUAGCGCCUCCAUCAGCCCAAGUGGCAAUGACUUCAAUUUUGAGUUCCUCGAGAAUAUUCCCGUUGGCGAUACAUCGGGCUUCUCAGCCCAAGAUCUCUUCAAUUCACUGGACAAUGAUAGUUUCAAUUUGCAGGAUAUGCUCCAGUAGGAUGAAGGUUAAAGCCAACACAAAAAAAAACAAAAUGGUGGUGGAUUUGUGGGAUGAAAAAAAAAAACAUUUUUGGAUGGAUAAAUGGGGCUCAUGCGGAAAACUCACGCGGUGAGGAAAAUGCAUGUAAAAAAUAUUAAAAGGUGAGUGUUUUUAUUCACUUUAAAAACAAAUCUUUUCCCCAAGUAUUUAUAAAAAAAAAAAUUUGAAGAAAAAAAGUUGAAAUUGACAAAAAUAAUUAAAAUAAAAUGAAAAUAUUUAUAUUGAAAUUUUCCACAUAAAGUGUGGAAAGAAAAACCAAAUGAAGUUUGUUAACAAAAAAAGAGAAGUUUGUGGAUUAAAAAAAAACCAAAAUUGAAAAAAAUCAAAAUUUUUUUUAGAUUGAGAUUUUCUUUAAAACAAAAAAAACAUUGAAAUAUUGUGAAUAGAAUUUGUAUUAUUUUGCCAUCGUUUACAAAAGAAAAGAAAAAAAGAAAAAUUCCAGCUUUUUGCCAUAGGUGUGUGAAAAAAUUUUUCUCUUACAAUUAGAGCCAUAGAGCGGGCGUUUUACUUGCAAAAUUAUUUGAGGAAAAUUCGCCUGAAAAUGUGUUUUGAUCUUCACUGAAAAUUGAGCAAACAUUCCGGAAGUUAAACACAUUAAGAUAAAUUCUAUUUACAAAAAAUUUAACAAGUUUUUGGUGUCUAAUUGUUGAAGGAAAAAUCACGCACAUUCUGAGGAAUUUCCAUGGAAAUAUCCGACGAUAAAUUCUUCUGAAGUAAAAAAAUAUUUAAUUGGCCGAUUUUGAUAAUAAACAUUCCAUAUUAAUUUUUCUCUUUUCAUUUUUUAUUAAUUUUGUAUAAAAGUAUUUAAAUGAAAAAUGUUUGCAAAAACUUAAAUAUUAAAAUGAAGAACACAAAAAAUUCUUUUCUACAGUGCAAAAAUUCCAUGAAAAAUGGUCUAAAAAUUCAUUUAAACUUUCUAUUAGCUAAAAGAAGUAGCAGAAGAAACACGGAAAAUAGUAAUACCUCUUAAAAAAUUCUAAAAUAAAAGAAAAAUCGCAUUAAAGUGCAUAGAAAUGUAAUGAAAAAAAUCAAUUUUAUAUAGAAAAAUUAUAUAAGAAAAAAAUGCUUCUGUAGAUGUUUUUUUUUCUUUUUGUAAAAAAAUACGCGCAAUUUUUGGGCCAAUCCUUGUGAAGAAAAUUUACUUCCCCCCUCAUGCUUCAUUGCUUCAUUUUCUCAAUUUAUAUGUAGGUCAAAUGAAAAAGAAAAAAAUUAAUAUAAAACAUUAGAAAAAUUAAUAAAGCGCUGUAGAAAGGAUGAGAUUUGUGGGUGAGAAAAGGUUUUGAAUGAAUGUGAGAAAAGAAUAAUAAUCUAAAGAAAAAAAAUCUUAUAUCAUUUAUCAGUGACAUUGUAGCGAUGAACAAUUAAGACAUUUAACCAAAAGUAAUUAAAUCUUAUGGGAAAUUUUCUUAUGACAAAAUAAUCACAUAGAAAUCAAGUUAAUGCACACACACAACACCAUGUUUAAACACAAGAAAAAACCAUUAAAAAAUCCUAUAUUUUUCCUCCCACAGUGCAGUUGAAAUUCAAAUACCCACCCCCACCCAAAAAAAAAAAAACAAAAUUUUUCUUCCAGGAGUUAUCAAAUUUAUAAUGCAACGAGGAAGUUUUAUUGAAAAUUUCUUGGCGGAUUUAGUAGGAAAUUUCUUUAAAAAAGAUUUGAAUAUAAUUUUAUUUCGGAAUAUUCAUUUAAAUAAAUUCAAAAGUGUUUUCAAUAUUUUUAAUUAUUCCGAACUAAUCGGCAUUUCUGAAACAUUCAAAACAUAAGCGAUUCGUGUCCACGUGAAACAUAGAAACAUUGAAACAUGGGCUCUUUUUAUCAAGAUAUUUAUUCUUAGGAAUGUAGCACCCGACUCACUAUACAGCGAAUAUUAACCUAGCUCUUAGAGUGAGUACCCUUAGAUUGGCGGUAACUGUAACGGCUGCCCACCCUUCGGCAACGGCUUCUACCUCUAGGUUACAAACCCUCAAAUAGGCGAGAGAGUAUGAGAAUUCACAAGAGAAUGUAGGAGAGCACUGAGAAAGUAAUUAAAUGAGAGAAUAGCAAUGAGUGAUGAAGAGUGUAGAGAGAGUUAGUCGGAGCUCAGCCUUGGACGCGGGUGGCUGCAAGCUAAAAGUGCUCUAUUAGAUUAACGUGAGACGAGUGUGGAGGUUACUAGAGGAGUUGACCAAAGCCCCUUGUGGGGCCCCCCUAUUCAGGGCGCCACAGGAUGCUUUAAUGCUUGGAGGACAAAACUGGUAAUCGCUGCCAAUUUGACUUUUUUAAAUCGCUUUAGAUUAAAAUCUAUCCAACUUUUCUUGAUAAUUUCCACAUCUAUGUGUAGACGACUUCAAAUACUAGAAGUUCGUUAAAAGAAAACUGAGAAAAAAAACGUUUUCUUCAUCAUAGAAAAUUAGGCUCAAAAUUUGAGGUUAUGAAUUCAUGUCCUCCAAGUGUUAAGAAAAUAUUUCUCCAUCAGAACGUCUUCCUUGGUCUCAUUUACACAAAUUCAGUGCAUUUCAAACCUGGAAAAACAAUUGAAAUUCAUUAAAAAUUUGGAAAAAAUAAUGUUUCACGUUUUGGUCAAUGCAUAACCCAAAGAACGCCUAAGGUUAAACUCUACGCGUCCAUUAUUAGGUUAUCCACUUAUCUUAUUUUAAUGAGUUUAAUUAUUUCCGAAGUUGACAACUUACUAAAUUCACAUGAAAGUUUUCAAAAGAAGACGUUUUGACCGAUAAAUGUACUCUAAAAAUAUCUGAUUGAAUGUUUUUUAUGUUUCAAUAAUGUUUCAUGCAAAUGCAAAAUGAAUUUCAAAAAUAUUUCAGAAAUAUUCAUAUAAGUUUAUUCAAUAUUCGGAAAUAUUCAUUGAAUUGAAUACAUUUUCGGAAAUAGUCGAGAUCCAUUCCGAACGUUUGAAAAAAAUCCUGAUUAUAUUUAUUAUUAUCGGAAUAAUUAUAUUCAACUCCGAAUAUUUAGGAAUUUUUAAAUAUUCAUAAAAUAUUCAGAUUUGAAUAACUUUCAAUCAAUAUUCUUACAGUUUUUUUUUAUAAAAUCAUUCAACUUUUUCAUUAUUCGGAAUUAAUUGGAAUUUUCCGGAAUGAAAAAAUAUUCCGAAGAACUCUUUUCAUAUCAGAAUAAUGUUCAACCCAAAUAAAAAAAAAAUAAAAAAAACAACAAGAUAUUGAAAAUCAUUUCCAAAAGAUUCCUUCAGAGUUUUUCUUUCAAAAUAAUCUAAUUUCUGAAAUUUAGAAACGUCAAAAAAUUAUCAAGAAAAAAAAACUCCGAAAUAUGAUAACUCCGAAUUUUCACAUUAUAAAAUAAUCUCGAAACAUGGCACUCUUAUUUUCUUUGAAUAACACACACUACUAAUAUUCUAGGAACCACAUAAUUCUCUUUUCUGUAGAUUCUUUAGGGACCAAAAAGGUGUGUUUUGGUCAUUUUUACAGGAUAUAAAAUAAACAACAAUGCGACAUGAAAAAAUGAAUCUCUUUUGUACAUAUUUUUAAUAAAUCUGAAGUUUAAUUUUUGCAGCAAUGCGUACAUUUUGUGAAAGUUUGGCAUUCCGGAUGUUUUUUUUUGACACAUUUUUUAUAUAUUUUUUUUGUAUCAAAAUUUGACAUUUUUUAGGGAAAUUUUUAAUUGCUAUGCAAGAGAUUUAUUGUUGGGAGAGAUUUAGAUGAUUUAGAGAAGUAGAAAUUCACAACAAAAUUUAAAUGGGAAUGCCAUCUUUCACAUAAUUAAUUUUUUUACACAGCAAAAAUGGCGUCAAAUUCUGUGUACGAUAGGCUCGUGCGUUGGACUUGUCCGUGGACAUUGUGUGACGACUUCCACGGCGGGGUGUAUUUAAUUUUUAUUAGGUUUAUCGCACACAUUAUUUUCAAGAUGGCGUUCAAUGUAAAACAUUUAAAGAAAAAAAAUGCAACAAUUCACAUAAUAUAAACAUGAAAACAGCAAUAAAAUCUCCCUUGUUAGAAAAUUCCACAUCGUCACACAUUUUUUUAAAGCAAAAAUUUU